AUGGAACUGACAUGGUUGAGUACCAUUCUGGUGGGAGCUGGUUAUCUUGCUUUGGGCUACUUCAUUGGUUCUCAGUAUCCUCCUCGUUUCAUCUUCUCACGUAAAUUAUUGACCAAACACAACGAUGCUACACUUUUCAACGAUACCAACAAUAAGAGAAACAGUAAGUCCAAACUCAAAGACCCCCUUCAGAUUGAACAACUAGCUGACAUUCUCAAAGACCCUCUUCAAAAAUCGUUCCUUUUUCUGCAGAUUCUCGUUGUCAGAAAUGAUCUUAAAAUGGGUAAAGGGAAGAUUGUUACUCAGUGUAGGUAUUUAUUAGGUCUCUAUAAAAAGCUCCUUAAUCGAGCACCAAAGGCGUUGAAUAGGUGGGAGAUGUCUGCACAACCAAAGGUUGUUGUCAAAAUUGAAAGUGAAGAAGAUAUGCUUGCUAUGCAGGUGAGUAUUAUUUAGGGAAUCCCAAAACUCAGAAAUAAAUCCCUAAUCCCCAAUACAAAUAAAACCCUAAAAUCUAUGAUAGAAAUAAAACGUGUCACGUAAUUAGCUAAU